GUGAACUAUGAGUGGCCGAGUCAGAUCAAGAUCCAAAUCCAAUCAAAGAAAGGAUGACCGAGGGUCUAACCAGCAUGUGGCCGAGCAGCAGCCCAGUGAUGAGCACCCGAAACAGAAGGAGGUACCACCUGUGAGUCAGGACAUUAUACCUGAUCAAGGGAAGGAAGUUGAAGGAGCACCUGUGGCUCAAGGACCGGACCUGGAGGCUGAUCUCCAGGAGCUGCCAGCAAAGGCUGGGGGUAUAACUGAAGAUGACCCUGAGGUCAAGGGGACAAGCCUGCCCUUCUUAGAGCCCAUUAAAAUGCCGGAAGCAGGUGAAGGACAGCCCCAGAUUUAAACAAGGACAAGCUGAAACAGGCAGACUACUCUUAGGUGGGGUACUUCACUGUUGAAAUUCUCUCAGUAAAGUUUUACAGAC